UUUGGUGUCGGACUUCGCGCGGUACCGUUGUGUACGGUUUUCGAAUGGACACCGAAUAAUUCGAAUUUGGAAUCAAUGGACUUUCUCAUUUGAAUUUCGAAUGUGAACUUUACUUCUCGUUACUUCCGGUGGCCGUAUUUUCGCAAUGUGUUGACGUUUGAACUUGUUUUAAAAUAGUGUUAGUGAACUGUCAAAAUGUCCGAGUUGCGUGGUUCUCCGCAACUAUCUAGGGCUGCGUUGGAGAAUGGUUUCGGGGCUCCGCUGGCUGCUCUAAGCUCUCUGGCUGAAGCACCUCCUCCAGCACCAAACCCGCAUGGGAUAGACCAUAUAUUAUCACGGCCAGCUGUUGGUUCCAACGUCGGGGCUGGUUUGCUGACUCCAAGAUUAUCUUUAGCGGCGGCCGCAGCGGGAAUGGCACACUACCUCCAGCACAAACCAUUAUACUGGCCAGGCUUUCAAGGACUUGUUUCCAAUCCUAUGGCGUGGAGAGAGCGGCUACAAACAAUGAGCAACGGUGCGCUAAGCGCCUGCGCAGGUCAGGGCGGCAUGGACAAGGACGGAAAGAAGAAACACACGCGGCCCACCUUCAGUGGACAGCAGAUAUUCGCUUUGGAGAAGACUUUCGAGCAGACCAAAUACUUAGCUGGGCCUGAAAGGGCAAAGCUUGCGUAUGCGCUCGGCAUGACAGAGUCGCAGGUUAAGGUGUGGUUUCAAAACAGAAGAACAAAAUGGCGGAAAAAACACGCGGCGGAAAUGGCGACGGCUAAACGCAAACAAGAGGAGCUUGGGGACGAGUGUGACGAGCAAGAAUCCCACGACGCGGACGCCUGUAGUGAUGAAGAUGACGCCAAACGACCGCGUCUCGACCUCCACAUGCAUCUGCCCCACCACCGGCAGUGAUCGCCCCAAGGCGCGGAAGCUUUGCCCCCCCGCGCCUACCAAACUGACUACAGAGACAACAGUGCAAGUGUUCACGAAUACUAUUACAAUUACGAUUACAAAGAUGUGGACGCGCCCUGUGAUCUUUCUAAUUACGAUAGAGGCCGCUAUGAAAAGGGGCAAAAAAGUGACACAGUGGACAGUGAUGUUAACGAAUCGGAUGAGCCCAUUAAUUUUGCGUAUUAUCACUUUUAAAUGAACUUAUUUCGUUGAAUAAAUGACAUUUGUCACGAAAUUUCUGUCUAGCUACGAGUUUGACAAAAUAUUGAACGCACACCAAAAGAACUGCUUUACAUUAAAUUUUUGACGGAGGAAUGUGAUUUCAUUAUAUUUGUGUUGAAUAAUUUAUCAAAUUCAGGGUAAACGUUGCGUACACAUUUUGCCCCACUUUCCCAAUAAAAAUGUUUCGUUACUGAUAGUUAUUAACUUAAAACGCAAUUAUUGUAAAUAAAUUAAUAUUAGGAACGUGAUGUAAGUAAUUUAUUAUAAAUUUAAAAUACCUUUAUUUAGGUGUACGUAUAUUGUAAACGUAUCGCGGUGCCAAUUUAAUAUAAAACUAAUCUUAUUUUAUGUAGCAAACUAUGAUCUAGAAUACUGCAGUAUCUUUACCAUGGCAAAACCAUUAAACAAUUUUCAACAACCAAUUUAUUUAAGCAUAAUAUGUAAAUAACAAAAAAGUUUAUUCAAGUACUAAAAAAAACAUAUUAAUUGUGCUGUAAAAUUAAAAAAAGAAAAACAAAGUCACUAACAAAUGCAUAUGUUCAAAAACACGAAAUAAAUCCAAUAUAUUAGUACAAUAGAUAGAUAAUAUCUUAUUUAUUAUUAAACAAAUUUCAACAGAAUAAAAAUUCUUAAAUAAUUUAUAUUCCUUUCAACUCUUGUCGCCAUCUAUGUACAUACAAUGUCAACCUUUAAAUUUGUAAAUAUGAUUCGUAUCGCCUACCUAUAAAUUAGUAAGACUAUAUUAAUAUAUGUAUGUCAAUGCACUUGUAAAUACAGUAUUAUAUGCAAUAUGUGUAUUUUAAGUUAUUGUAAAUAGAUAUGUAAACGAAUUUAAAGUUUAUUAUAUGUAUUGUAGUUGUUCCCACGCUAAAGCCUAUCUGAAGAGUUAGACAUAUGUAAAAGUUUAAAUAAAUUUCCCGUAAAUUAAUUUGUUUUCUUAAUUAUUUGACGUACCGUUUCAGUUUAAAAACAAAAACUUUGUUUAAAUUGACGUUGUUACUAAUUUGUCUAUUUAUUAUUCUUUCUAUUUAAAGAGACAAAGUAAUAGUAUAGAUUACGUUACGUAAUUACGUAAAUAAUAUCCAACGAAAUUGCAAAAAAAAAACCAUCAAAAUUGCAUACA